CGCAGCGCGGGAGGGGGCGCGGGCCGGGACCCCCGGCCGGCGCGUGCGCGGACGGGGCACUGGGCGGCGGGUGGGCACCGGGAUGAGUCUCCGUGCGCUGUGGCAGCACUGAGGAAGCGGCCGGAGGCCGAGGGAAGCGCGGACCGCCCGCGCCAGGCCGGGCCAUGGCGUUCCUGGCCGGGCCGCGCCUGCUGGACUGGGCCAACACGCCACCGCACCUGCAGUUCAACAAGUUCGUGCUGACGGGCUACCGGCCGGCCAGCAGCGGCUCGGGCUGUCUGCGCAGUCUCUUCUACCUGCACAACGAGCUGGGCAAUAUCUACACGCACGGGCUAGCCUUGCUAGGCUUCCUGGUGCUGCUGCCGAUGACCAUGCCGUGGGGUCAGCUGGGCAAGGAUGGCUGGCUGGGGGGUACGCACUGUGUGGCCUGCCUGGCGCCCCCCGCAGGCUCCGUGCUCUAUCACCUCUUCAUGUGCCACCAAGGGGGCAGCACUGUGUAUACCCGACUCCUUGCCCUGGAUAUGUGUGGGGUCUGCCUGGUCAACACCCUCGGGGCUCUGCCCAUCAUCCACUGUACCCUGGCCUGUAGGCCCUGGCUGCGUCCAGCUGCCCUGGUGGGCUACACCGUGCUGUCAGGUGUGGCUGGCUGGCGGGCCCUCACAGCUCCCUCCACCAGUGCCCGGCUCCGAGCCUUCGGUUGGCAGGCUGCCGCCCGCCUCCUGGUGUUUGGGGCCCGGGGAGUGGGGCUGGGCUCCGGGGCUCCAGGCUCCCUGCCCUGCUACCUGCGCAUGGAUGCGCUGGCACUGCUUGGGGGACUGGUGAAUGUGGCCCGCCUGCCAGAGCGCUGGGGACCUGGCCGUUUCGACUACUGGGGCAACUCCCACCAGAUCAUGCACCUGCUCAGCGUGGGCUCCAUCCUCCAGCUGCACGCCGGUGUUGUGCCAGACCUGCUCUGGGCCGCCCACCACGCCUGCCCCCCACACUGAGCCACCUCUGGCCCGCCAUGCUGGCCUCUCGACAG